AUGGCUAGAGACCUUAUUGAUCAUGAAAUUUGGUGGCAGUUGAGGAUGGGUUCAUCUCUCUUUUGGUUUGACAAUUGGACAGGCUUAGGCCCUUUGUAUUUUCUCACAGAUUCUCCUUUUUACUGUGAUGAGAAUAUUAAUAAUGUCUAUGAUGUUGUUACUGAUGGAAGAUGGAAUGAGACUGUUAUUAGAAACAUCUUACCUGAGGAGCUUGCAGAUCAUAUUUUGAAUGAGAUUCAGCCUCCAAGUAAAGGAAAUGAGCUUGAUGUUCCAUAUUGGAAAUUAUCCACCAAUGGGCAAUUCAGUGUGAAAACAACAUGGGAAUAUGUUAGAAGUAAAGCAGAAAAAAGAGAUAUUUAUAAGAAGAUGUGGGUGAAGGGUUUGCCUUAUAAGGUUGCUUUUACAAUGUGGAGAGUUUGGCACUUUAAAGUUCCUUUGGAUGAGGUAUUGACAUCACUGGGCUGCACUUGCAACAAAUAA